CCCUGUAAUAUAUUGAAAGAGAAGAUGGACAAAAGAAAAUGUUAAAACUGAUGUGGAGGUAAAAGAAAAUUUUUGUAGACACUGUCAAGGGGAUCUAGAAAAAGGAAAAUUUUUACAGGUAUAAAGAUAAGAAAGAAAAGUAAAGACGAAUUAGCUAACACAAUUUUACUGAAAAUAGAUAAAAUAAACGUGCGAGUGGGUUUUUAGGAUUGUUUGAAGACUUCAAUCCGAGCCCUUUGAUCGCUCGCAGAACUUCGUUGCAUCUCGGUUAUCAAUUAAAGCACUCGUCAUUUACGGGGUGCUGCGUAUAAAAAUUACUAAUAUUAAACAAUAAUUGAAAGUUAAGUGAUUAACACCAAAUAAAGACAGGUGUACUAAAGUCAGGUGCAAAAAUGGAUGGCAAUAAAGAUGAAGCGCAUCGCUGCAUUGAUAUAGCGGUGCAAUCCUUUGUCGAGGGUAAAAUGGAAAAGGCAGAAAAGUUUUUGAUGAAAGCGGAAAAACUAUUCCCUACUGAACGUGCAAAAGAGCUCUUAGCUAAAGUGAAGGCUGGUACCACCAAUGGAGGAACCAAAACUAGCAAUGGUGGAAACGUAAAUGGCUCAGCGCAUCGUGAAAGUGCAUCUUAUGGCGAUGGUCCACGUAAACGUAAGAACUCUGACUCACGUAAUGUGGAGCCUGAAUAUACGAAAGAGCAAUUAGAGGCCGUGCGCAAAGUUAAAGGUUGCCGCGAUUAUUAUGAAAUCCUUAGUGUUACCAAAGAAGCAACGGAUUCCCAAAUCAAAAAGUCAUAUAAAAAGUUAGCUUUACAACUGCAUCCCGAUAAAAAUAAGGCACCUGGUGCUUCAGAUGCCUUCAAAGCAGUUGGAAAUGCUGCAGCUAUUCUCACAGACGCCGAGAAACGUAAACAAUACGACUUGUAUGGCAUUAAUGAAACACACACUAGUGGACACGGUGUACGCAGGGACAACUACGAAUAUGCAUAUGCGCGCGGUUUCCAAGCAGAGGUUAGCCCGGAAGAUCUAUUCAAUAUGUUCUUUGGUGGUGGUUUCGCUCAACAAAAUGUUUAUAUGCGACAACAGCGACGUAGACAACAGCAUCGCGAUGAUGGCGAAAAUCAAUCGAACUCUUCGGCGCUUAUCAACUUUUUGCCUAUACUGUUAUUGAUCGGCUUAUCGAUGGUAUCCUCAUUUUUCAUAUCGGACCCAAUUUAUAGUUUGUCGCCAUCACACAAAUACGCUGUGAAACGUGAGACAAAUCGUCUGAAAGUGCCGUACUAUGUGAAAAACAAUUUCCAUGCUGAAUAUCAAGGAUCUGUUGGGCGCUUGGAAGAGUCCGUCGAGGAGGACUUUAUAGAUCACCUAAAGUAUUCUUGUAGUCGUGAACGAAAUUACCGUGAUUCUAUGUUGGCCAAGGCACGCUCAUUUGGCGAUCGUGAUCUUUUCCGCAAAGCUCAAAAUAUUAAUAUGCCCUCAUGUGACAACCUACAGAACUAUUUAAAUACGUAGUUUCUUUUAAAUGCUUAAACGGUGUUUCGACUUUGUUAUUAUUUUUAUUUCGUUAUUUAAACAUUUAAAAAAUUUGACCAACAAUACAAAGCACGUACGCUCAUAAAACAGAAUAAUUAACAAAAAAUAAUCCACGAAAAUAACGAUGAAAUAAUACUUACAAAGAAAUAUGUAACACAAUUUGAACAACUUUUAAGCUAAUAUUGCGGUAUUUUGGUUUUCAUAUCCAUAUAUAGGUAUUAAAUCUACAUGCAUACAUAUAUAUAGUAUAAUAAAAGUAUAAAAGCGCUACUGUAUAUAAAGUGGCAAAUGAAAUUGAUUUAAAAAUAAAUGCGGUAGUACAGAAAA